UCCGAAUACACGCACCAUUAGAUAAUCCUUCCCCCACCCCCUUUCUACCCUUAAUUGUCAUCGUUCGAUUAAUUAAUAUAUCUAAGUCCAUCAACGUGAAAAAGACCCACCUAGACCGAAGCUGACGAACCUCACUCUGGUUCGUAUUUUGCGCGCGUUUUCGUGCAGGAUUUCUACAACGAUCACGAUACGCGUCACGACAUAUACCACAGAUCGAAUUCUUCGCAGCUUCGGUUGUUCGACAAAGAUCCAUCGCUCUCUUCGUAACCCAUCUCACGUCCUGUUCGCUCUCCCGACUACUUCUUCUUUUCAUCUUCCCUCUGCAUUUGUCCUUCGAAUACAUUCCUCCGCAAACACAGCCUCGAAUCCGCCGCCGCACGCGCGCCCACACGCGACAAGAUCCACGCGCAACGCAUGGUACUUUCUCUGUUUCUGGUGUUUUGCCGGUGUUUUGUCGACGCGAUUAGAUCGAUAACACCCAGCUGUACUAAGUGCACGAAACGGACCAAGGGUAGGAUGUGUCUGACACCCAUGAUCAUCUGUCUUUGUUAUUUAACCCCACCCCGGAUGACUCGCCUAACACUCGAGAGAUCAACCUUCCCCCACCUUUCGUUGUUCACGGUUGACCUAUAGUUUCGUUCUUCACUCACGAGCGCACACCCAUGCCCCACGAACUAUACUCGUCGUGGCGAAAGGAUCACGAGUGCGUGCACGCAAGCGAGAGACACGUCGCCUUUUCAGAUGACUACUUCCCCGACGACUACUAUCGACUAACCAGCGACUUGGCUAGCAAAUCGCGACAAGAGAACCCGAGAAGUCUCAUUCCGGGGAUUGACGACAGUUACUACCGAUUAACCAGCGACUUCGCUGGCAAAUCGCGUCGAGAGAACUCUCCAAGUCUCGCCCCGAAGGAGAUUAACGAAGGCUACUACAGACUGGCCAGUGACUUCGCUAGUAAAUCGCGGCAAGAGAACGCCAGAACUUUCGUUCCGGAAAUUAACGAAGAUUACUAUCGAUUGACCGACGAAUUCCCCGGCGAGAACUCCAGAAGCCUGGCACCGGAGAUCAACGAAGAUUACUAUCGACUAGCCAGCGAAUUCGCUGGCGAGUUUUCUCGAGAGAACCCUGAAAGUCCAACUCCGGAGAUCAACGACGACUAUUAUCGUUUAACCAGCGACUCCGCUGGCAAAUUGCAAAGAGAAAACUCUCAAAGUCUCACUCCGGAGAGUAACGAAGACUACCUGGAGGAAACGGCCCGAAAACGAGUCAGAAUCCGCGUGCCUGUGGUUAGAAAGAACGGAAGGCAGCACAAGCUAACGGUAGUUAGAAGGAGACCUGUCGCGUCCAAGACCGAGGACUCCACUCCGAAUCAGUUGACCGUGGCGAGUCACACACCGAGGAGAAUCGUCGUGACUCGAGUGAGGAGCUUAGGCUUGGCCAACACCGUCCACGCCGAUUCGAAGACUGGUGACAGUGUUGCGAGACCAGACGUUGGUAGACACAAAGUGACUAUUACCAGACGCAGGAAGAUUGGGUCGACCACUGUCUUGCCCACGAGCAGCGACAGCAGAAGGGGCAGAAUUACUAGGAAGAAACUGAUCGCCGUUAGACCGGUGCAGCCUACGCCUAGUUUCGCCAUAAUCACGACCGGGUUCUUCACCGCGCCGUCCUCCUCCGACGAGUACGACGACGAGUACUCUGAAAAGGACGAUGCCGACGAAGAUGAGAAGAACAAGAAAGACGUCGGUUCGACCGUCACGCCAGCGUUGAAAGAGCCGCCUAACGUUAUCGAUAGCAAACCCGACGAGAUUGAGAUCGAGAGUAAGGAAGAUAUCGGUUCGACAGUUACGCCAGAGUUGAAAGAACCUGCUAACGUAAUUGAUAACAAGUCGGACGAACUUAACGCUCGGGUGACCGAGUCGAGGAUGAUUGUGGAGGAGAGCAGUGUGAGUUCGCCCGUCAUUAUCACCGACAAUUUCUUCUUCCCCGCGUCUGACGACGAGUACGAGGACGAAUACGAAGACGAAGAAUACACCGACACUACGACUGAAAGUGCGAGAAAAGACGUUUCAACGACGACCAAAGAGAGCACUUCGAGCACAGCUGAAACUCUUGAUUUAUCUGAGAAAGAGGAGCCAACAUCGGACGGGCACGAAAUUGAUCGCGAGACCACGGAAUCGGUUGAUUCGAAGGAAGAAGAGAUUUUGACAACUGAAAUAUCAGUGGGAGAGGGAAAAGAAGUGACUACGGCACAGACGAGUUUGGAAGAGAACCCCGAAGAGGACGGAACGACUGUUCAUGCUGAGAUUGAGAAAGCUGAGGAGGAGGACGAAGAAAGAGAACGUACAACGACAGAGACGAUAGAAACCACGACACUUGUGGGAGAAACUACGGUGAUUAAUGUUUCUGACGAAGCAAAGACAACUACAGUUUCUGAUCAAAUGGAAGAGGAAUACAGUAGUACUGAACAUCCUGCAUCGUCUGGUGAAUCGGAAUCUGAGUCGGAAGAAUCGUACGAGAAAGAUAUCGAAUCCCGCGUUACAACUGUUGCACCUGAAGAAACUUCACAGAAAGACACCGAAGAUUCCCUCGAAGAUAACGUGAAAUCGAAUAUCACACGAAUCGAAGCCGAUUCCAAGGAAUUGUCGAUGAAAGAUUCUGAAGAUUCUCUCGAAAGAGACAUCGAAGCUCGUGUCACUCCCCGAAUUGACGAUGAAUCUUCAGAAGUAUCGACAGAAUCUCAAGACUUCCAAAUGAAAGAUGUCAAUGAAGAGCCUAACGAGGACGAUUCCCAAUCUCCCGACAGCUAUCCCGGUAUAGCACUCAGCCCAAGUUCGAAACCAGAAACCGACAGAGCCUUCCCAGACGCGAUAGACGUCACCACUCUCGAACAAUCUCCAGAAACCACGUCGAAACUGAAAGAAAGCGAGAAAGACCUAACGGUGGAGUCCGUAAAGCCAGCUACCGAGUCCAUCCUGUCGUCUGCCACGACCAUCUUCUUCGACGAGUUGCCCACUUUCGCCAGCGUUCUGCCUCUAGAAACAUCGCAGUCGACGUCGUACGAGUCCAGCACCCUUAGCUACUUGGACGACUCCGAGAUCCCAAGCGUGAUCCCCUUAGGUGCCGAGUACACUUCGUCGUUGUCAGACACGACAACGACGACCCCGACGCGACUUCCCGAGGCGACGUCACGAGUCGAUUCGGUGACGACGUCGAUCUCGUCGCCCACUCCCGAGGAGAUCGAGGCAGGACUGGCCGACGAUCUUUACCUGUCCCUGUCGAGGCCAGAUUUCCCCGAGAUCCUGCCGUCGAGGCCGGUUCACGCGGAGCACGAGACCAGGUCCGAAACACCGGAUCUAGAACCGAGCACGAGCGUUUAUUAUACGGAGACGGUGGUGACGUCGACGAGACUGAGAACGUACACGUACGUGGUGACGCAACUGAACGGACUGGAGACGAAAGUGACGUCGUCGACGACCGUGCGACCGAGAGUAACGACGCUUACGUUGACGGUGCCGGUCACGGUGACUGUCACUCCUACCGUGGAGUCGUCUGUGUAUAGCCCGGUGCCCGCCUCUGGAGAGCACGAUGGAAAAGAUGAAGAAGGUCGAAGGUUAAAUCUAGCUACGCGUGUCAUGUCGAACGGAGUGGAAGUGAUCGUGGCUGGUCCAACACCGGCGUUACGAUGGGAGAACUCGAUGCCACAGCCUACGUUGACAUUGUCCGAUACCGUGGUCAUGAUGCUUCCGCAAGAUAAACCGAAUGAAUUUGUCACCAAGACGUGCACCACCACCUUUACGUACCUUACCACCAUCACGAGAGAUGGAACGACUAUUGUAUCGACCGAGCAGCAGGUGAUAGCAAACACAGCGACCGAAGAACGUCACAGGAAGCCCGGAUCUGAAACCGCAGCGGUAACAUUAGAAGCAUCUCCGACAUUGCACACAGAAGUGUUCAAAACCACCUACACUUACUUGACGUUAAACACCGAUCACUCUAACAUAAACGACGCAUUGGAGAGCAGCACGAAAGUGAUUACAAAUACAGUUACUGCGCCACAGCAUUAUUUGGACAUGAUUCUCGAACCGUCAGAAGCACCUCGACCGGAAACAAAUACGUAUCUCAGCACUAGGAUGCUGGAGAAGACUUUCAUGGAGGAUGGACGCACUAGAAUAGAAACCACUAGCGAUACCAUUACCCAGCUCAUAGUAACAGAAUCAGCACCACCUCCUCGUCCAACCAGCGUCACGACCACGUUAACAGCGCUAGACAGCACAGAGGAGAACAUGACAGACGUCAUGAAGACAUACUACAUUACCUAUACUUAUUACAAUACCUUCCUGGAGAAAGGUAGCACCGUGGUGCGUACGAACGUAGCGACGUCGACGGACGUUGUACUGGAGAAAGUGCCUGUCAAAAAGACCACGAAGACAGCGAUGGUGAAUCCUACACCGGAACCAAUUCAAAUCUUCGCCACCAAGACGUACCUCACUACGUUUACCUAUUUUACGACGUUGCUUCAGGCAGGGCCAGAUGGAGAAACUUCAACCACAGUCUCCUCGAGAUCGCACAUUGUGGAGAACGUAGUAACAGAGUCGAUAGCGCCAAGUUUGCUAGACGCUGGCUACAUGAACGCUCUGUUAACAACAGCUCAUCAUUCCGAUCCCGUGAAAAAUGUUGUUACCGGAUCAACGAUCAUCUUCUUCGACGAAGAGGAUCAGAUCGAUCCUACAACGAGCACCAACUUCCCGGAAGCGACUUCCUCGAUGGACGUUCAGAAAGACGACACGAUCUCCGCCAGUUUCGUGUCUACCGAACCUUCUCCAGUCGUUAACGAGCCAAAUUUGAAGCCUACCGAACUGAUCAAUCAAGAGAACAACGUAACAGUUUCUACGGAGUCCGAGCAAAAUAAAAAGCCCACGAGCCAGAAUACGAGCGAUCUUCAAAUGAGCAACCUUCUAAGCCUAGGAUCGUUGGGAAUCAAUAGUUUGUCGGCUCUAGGGCCAGUGAUUACGGCGAUGGCCGGUUUGCUGCAGGGAAAGACAACGGCAACGCGAAGAAACGAUUCGAUGCCGCAGGCGGAAACGCAGGAAGUGACUACGCAAAGAUCGCCAAUUUACAUACCUGUCGCUGAGUUCGCUGACGGAGACAUCGAAGCUGCCGAGAGUCAAAACAUAGGUACGCAUCUGGCGAACCUCAACCACAACUACAUCGCCGAGACCCGUCACAAGGUUGCGUCCAGCCUGGCGGAUGGAAUUCCAAUCUCCCCGGGCGAAGUAAUCACAGCGAACAGCGACGUGAUCAUAGGCAAACCAGGGAAAAUGGCACCGAGACCACCUCAAACGUUCUUGGAGGACGAGGAACACAUUGGAAUGAAACCGCCGCCGCUACCGGUUCCCAACAUACCAGUUCAUCCUGUUCUCGAAGUGGUGGAGAACGAUCGUGACGAUAUUCAGUCUCAGCAAACGCUUCAAGGCCACAAAGGUCCGCAAAUACAGAUAUACCCGGCGCACCAGAUCUACAAGGAACACCUGAAGAUCCCGGUUUCAAUGCCGGUCGACGUGAAUCCUACGUUGAUAGCGAAACAACCGCAGAAAUUGCUUCCGGUGCAGCCGUCCCCGCCGAAGAGAAUAGGUACGAAGCAAGACGUGUUGGAGAACGAUCCUUUGUUGAAGCCACCGGACAGACCCAACGUGGAACAGUACGCGAAUCCGAAUUCCAACCUCAAGGAACCGGAGUGGAGUCCUGAGAAACCUAGGAGACCGUGGAGUGCUAAGGAUCCUUUGAAACUUCCUCCGCCACCUCAAUUUGACCUGAAAAUCGACUCAGGAAAGUCUCCAAUAGAGAAACCGUGGCCCACCGUUCCAUCCGAAGACCAGAAACGACCACCAUGGGCUCAAAAAGAUCCUUUACUCCCAGAUACUCCUGUUGUUAUUCAAACUUCAGAGUCGAAACCUACGCCGACAGAACCUAUUGUUCAUCAAGUACCACACGUCAUCGACAGAUCGACAGGGCAGCCUUUACUAGUGAAUAUUCAACCCAGUCAGGUAGCCAACGUGGUGAUACCUCAAGGUGGUACUCAAGCAUUGAUAUUUGGUGAUACGAACGAACCACACAUCAGUGGACAAUAUUUCGACGAUCCAUCACCGUAUCCUGAAUCGGAGGUUGGUUUAGGAUUCGUUGGAAUCCAAAGAGUCGAAGACCUGCCUCAAUAUUCCAAUGGGAAGAACCCGGCAGACUACAUGGUUCCACCAUCUCCGCCGCACAACUUCAAGACAUUACCAGAAAAACAUCCCUCGAAUCGUCCAGCGAUAAUCCCCUUGUCACCAGGUCGUUUCGACUACGAAAGACCGCAAGAUAAAUUGGAAGCGCCACUGAACAGACCAGAGAAGAAACCAUCAGACGUACAUCUAAUUAAACAUCCUGACAAUUCUGGCGUUCUCAGUGGUCAAGGUCACGUGCACUCCGAGAUUUUGGUCCACCACAGGCCGGAAACUGUUAACGUUCGUCCACAAAGCGUCCCUCAUCCUCCGAUUCAUCAUUUACCGCCGCGUGGACAAUUUCCGAAAAUUCCCAAGCCCAUUGAAUCCGGAACACCGCCUAGAAGAACCGAAAUGUCGAAUCCGUCUGACAAUUCUCAUCGAUACAUCUUGCUGGCGAAGCCAGACUCGGGGAACGAGAUCGUUUUGAAUUCCAAUUGGAAGACGGACAAGAAACCACCGAGAAUUCUGAUGAAUAACAGGUUGAGACCACGUCCAUCUUUGCGAUCGACGACUAGUCGUCCUCUGGAUAGGCCGAUCUACCAGGAAAGGCCGAGUAUCAGGAAACCAGUUUACAAUGGGCCACAAAGGCCUCCGACAAACACGCAUAACACGUUUGUAUUCCCUCAUCGACCUGUUGGUAAUACACAAAUUCAUCAUGAACCGCCGAGAAUAACCACUUCAACUCCUGGAGACACGAUGAAGGAGCUGGUGACGGAACGACAUCCUUCGUUCGGGUCUCACUCUCAGAUUGAUCUUCAAGACAGACCACCUCAUUUCUACCCCGAAAAGAGACCGUCAAACAUUGGUCAACUAAGACCUCAAACCGAGAGAACAGAAGAACACGUGCCCACCGGGGCGGUAGAGUACCACAAUCCCUCGAAUCCUAAAAUCAAACAAGAUGACAAGCCGGUUGCAAUAAAUACGGAAGUUCAAAACAUCGAUCAGCGUCCACUUAAUCAAGACAGUAAAAUAGAAACUUGGAAUGGUGACAACUCACAAACAGAGAAGACGCUGGAUUCAGAAAUCGGCGCCUCGGAACCCAUAAAUUAUCACAGUCAAGCAAAAGAAGUGCCAAAACACAAUAAAACGAAAGAAGACACGCCUUUCCUUAACCAAACUAACGCUACAACGUCAAACACCAAAAAUUCCCAUGUAAACGUUGCUCCUAGUAAUACAGUAAUUGUGAAACCAUCUGGAGGAGUUGAUUCUCAACAGGAUCAAAAGGAAAGGCCACUCUGGAUAAGUCCAGGUUCUCCGUUUUCGCAAAAGAACGAAGCUACGCAGUCCCAAAUACCGUAUGGGCCUAAUUAUUACAAUACCAAGCUUUAUGAAACACCAGUGGUUCAAGGAAAACCAUUUGGCGUGUACACUGGCCAGGAAGAAAUGAACUACGGCUACAAAUGGAAAGAAGACAAAUCUGAAUACGACGUAGUACAAAGUAUACCGUCGACGUAUUAUGGCAAUAAAGUAUCUCCAGUCAGUCAUAAGAAUCAAAAUCAAAAGGAGCAAACAUCGACUGUACCAACUCGCGAACACGACGACACCAUAGAUCUGAAACCACCAGCCAUCAUUCCUCAGUUUGUUCCCGACUCGGACAAACCUAACAGACCAUAUCCUCGACCACCUAUGAUAAACAAAGUAGAGACUAGGCCUGUACUGUAUCCCAGACCAGAAAUCGUAGGCCAAACCUCUGAAAUCAGACCAGAUAAAGUGAAACAAUCCAACGAAGGCAAACCAGGGAACCUGGAUUCAUUUUUGAAUAAUACUAUGAGCCAUUCUAACAAACUAAAUCAGAGUCAUUUCCAAUUGGGAGGCUUCGUGGACCAAAAUUGGAACGGUGAAAUGAAGAUUAAUGACCAAAGACCAAAUAGACACGAGACUCUGGUAAACAUGAGCGAAAUUGUCAAGAAUCAUUAUAGAAACAUCUCCAUUUCCCACAAAGUGGACGGUCAGUAUCUUCAAACGAGCACUGAGAGUGUCAAACUAGAUUCAGAAAAGAAUCGUCCUACGGUGAAUCAACAAGAAUAUUCAGGAACUAUAAUUCACCCAGAGUAUCCUCAUAUCGUUACCAAGCCGAAACCUCAAUUACCUGGACCAAUUACCAUUUCAACAGCUAACAAAGGCGAAACCGUGCCUAGUAUUAGAUUCUCCAUGCCUGUGGAGGCUAUGGGCGAAGAAGUUGACAGCAAGACGCAAACUGAACGACCACCGAGUAUGUUGAUCACCAGCAGUUCUAACGAUAAGAAGAAAAACAACGAGAAGAUAGAUGGCUCUUAUCAGACGAACUUUGCAGCUUCAGACGCGAAUAAGGAUGAUUCUAUGAAUCACGAGAGCCAAAUCAGAGUGAGACCUGUAGAAACGUCUACUGGAGAUAUGUUGAGUAGUAUGGAAGGAAUGAGCGUGCCUUCGAGAGAUAUGAUGCCUCCGCCAUUGAGACCUGCUAUUGGGUUGAAUCAGUCGAAUAAGAACGAGGAAGAAGAUUUGAAGCCACCGCCUAUACCUUCGAGAGAUGUUGUUGGACUAUCGCCUCCACCAGUUGACAUUACUACGACUAGCAAUCCCAUGGAAGAUAGAUUCUCGUUUGCGAAUGCUAAUGAGUCUGGGUUGAAGCCUCCACCUAAGUACAUUCCAUUAAAGGAGUCUACCAUUGCUCCUUUGCCUAGUGUUAGCAUGGUACCUCCUAGUCCGAGACCAUCUAUCGCUAGGCCCUUCAUCGUGGAAUUGUUAUCUCAGGAUAUGGUACCUCCGCCGCCAGUAACACAAACCGCAAGACCUCUGGAAAUAGCCACGGUGAGGCCAGCGGUGGCGGUGUCUGGAUCGAUUCAAAUCGCGACAGCCGUCGCAACAUCUCACAUACCAGUGGUCCAGGAUAUCGAAUCGAAGAUACCGAUCAUACACGGCACUGUCGAUCUCCCAGUGGUUGUGGACGUGCCUGAAAUUCUCCGGCCAGUCGAAACCCGGAUGACGGAGCACGUUAGCAUCUACACCGUGCGACCGUUUGACACGAGACCUGUAUCUAGAAUAUCGAUACAACCGACUGCGUUGCUAACCACGAAUCUAGUAAUACCAACGAAACUACGACCAUCGCAAGUUGACUACAUUCAACCAAGCAGAUCGUCGACCAUCAGAGACGUGGAACCAACGCGAUCCCACAAUCUCGAUAUCCCACGAAAUCCUGUGAAACGUCCAGAGCAUCCAGUAUUUUUGGAGUCGAGUCACGACAACGUUUUACCAUCGACGAAGGUGGAACCUACGGAAGUUUUGACACACCACGUGGUUAGCACGAGCCAGACGAAGGAGUCGCGGCCUACAGUGACGAAGAACGAAGUUUCGAGGGUGGUCGUUUCGUCGGCGACAGAACGUAAGCGAAAGAACGAGACCACUUCGAAGGAAUUGCCGAGCGUGGUGACCAGGGUUGACAGUUCGAUAACGAAGGUAACGAGCACGCUGUCCAAAGAUACUGACAGGAGAAACGAGUCGAUGAUCAAGAUGACGAAGGACGUUAGUAGUGUGACACGCGAUGCUAAUAGAACCACGACGACUAUGCGUACCAAGUCUAAAGAGUCGGCGUCGCAAUCCUUUACCACACAGGUGACGCGAUUCCAGACGUCAACGGUAACGAGAACGGAAACAUCUGUCUUGGGUUCACCACCUACGACUCGAACACUAGUGCUCACCCACACGUUGACAUCGACCACUGUAGAAACUGUGACGGAAACGUUGUUGCGUCCAACCAGCGUGGUCUCCACGGUUACGUCAACGAUCCUGCAAUCUGUGGUGACUAGAAUACCUCCGUCCUACGAGAAUGCAGUGGACAAUGAUUCCAUCUUCGUGGUGGUGAGCGACCAGAAGCCACCGGCACAUGGUGCUGAAGAGGUAAACGUGGAGGCUGAAUACGAUGAUGUUUCGAGAGACGAGCAAGAUCCAACUGGAAACGAAGUCCACAGAGUUUUGGCUGGCGGAGUUCUCGGAGCACCUGUGGUGUCGCUUCAACCUAUCGUGAAUCAAUGUACGCCAGAGUGUAGAGCAUCCAGGGCUGAGAUAUGCGCGGAAGUUGGAGGUGAAAUGCGUUGCGUUUGUCGUCCAGGCUUCGCCAGAAUGUUCCCUGAUCGACCUUGCAAACCCACUUAUACGUACACGUUACGCGUUGGCCUGGAACGCAUCGGAUACGAGCCAGUGGUCUAUGAAAACAGCAUGAACGAUUCGACGUCGACGAGUUUCAGAAAAUUGCUGGGCCCUACUAAAGAGGCCCUGGAUAGAACUCUGAUGCAGAGUGAUCUGAGAGACGUCUAUAGAGGCUUGAAGAUAGCUGGUUUCUCGCCUGACCCAACGAAAGUCGAGUUCCAUGUUCAGCUCAGCGAUAAUGCUAAUGAAACGAGGCUGAAAGAAGUCCUUCGAAAGUAUCUAAUUGGAAGCAACUAUAGCUUGGGAGGCACUGAGGUGUAUGCCUCGAAAAAUCUUGACGUCAUCGAGGCAAUCGAUUUCGACGAAUGCGCGACGGAAGAAGGAGGGCCUCACCAUGACUGCUCACCGAACGCUGCCUGCUUUAAUCUCCGAGGUUCUUAUCAGUGUUCUUGCAAAGAAGGCUGGGCAGAUUUGUCUGAAAAUCCCGCGUAUCCUGGGAGACUUUGCUCUCAGGCGCCGUUGGGUUGCCCUAAUUGCAAUAACAAAGGACACUGCGUGACGAACACCAAUGGUCAAGAAGUCUGCGAGUGUUUCCCUUGGCAUAGUGGUCAACGAUGUCAAGUUAAUCUCAAAGUGCUGCUGAUAGCUCUGGUUACGACCGGUGCAAUAUUACUGGGUCUUCUGGCGGUGUGCGUGGGCAUGGCAUGUUUCCGUCAACCGAGUCGGAAACGGAGAACUGGCGACAGAAGGGCCAUGAUUCCUGGAACAGGCGGGGACACGAGUAGCGAGGGUAGUGUCACGGAUCUGGCUAUUCCACACCACGUGCCGCAUGUUCUACCGCCACCCCCACAAAUGAUCGCACCCUUGCCACCGACCAAGAGGCCUGCUCGAAAGAUCAGCGCGAAACCCAGGCAUCCGCCGAGAAAAGCUACUAUGAUACCUGCGUCGGUACCAGUGAAUGACGAACAACGAGAUCGUUCGUUGACAGUGAUGAUCCCACGUGCCAAGUAUCGAUCUGCACCCCAGUCUCCGCAGAAUUACAAGUCCGGCAUGAGUACGUUCUCGACAGAAGAGCACAAGCUGCUCAACUACCUCGAAAGCGGCACGCAUAACACCGGAAACAGGAAGCAGAGCGUAUCCAGCGUGAAAGAUUGCAAGGAGUCUGAGGUGCAGCUCGUCAGAACGCCGGCCGCACCGACUGGCGCUCUCGUUAGCGCUGGUUUUCAGGUAUCAGCAACGGUAACUCGUCAAAUGGACACCGAUUCGACGUUAGCUCGCUCAUGUGGCGAGACCACGGUCGAGACAGCGACGAAAGUGUUGCGAACCGGUGAUCUCCAGGGUGAUUUGUGCUCGACGUUGGCGCGUUCCUGCGGCGAGACAACCAUCCAAGCACCGACGAAGCUGCUGAGGCUCGAUCUAGGCGAGGCUGGCUCGACUCUCGCCAGAUCAUGCGGCGAAACAACCAUCCAACCGCCCACAAAAGUCGCCGAUGCCAGAAGAAACAGCGUUAAGGACGCCAGAGACAACAGAGACACGAGAGACAGCGCCAGCGAGGGGCAUACAAUGGCCGAGAGGGAUCUGGGAAGCACGUUGAGACUUCCGGCGCAACAUCCGCCACUUUAUAGCCCGGAUAAGACCAGCGAUCGAGAAUCGAACUUUGACUCCCUCUAGACACCGAAGAUCGUACGAGUAAUAAAGGAAAUCCGGUCGACGGAGGUGUUGUGGAUCUAACCGCUGGACGGUGGCCUCCACAGGUUCGCAAAUCGAACAAGUAAAACAAAUUUCACCACUGACCCAAUCGAAUCGAGAAACGUUGAUAGCUGAAACAAGCUACAACAAAGUUCAGCUCAAACAAAUUGAAUGUAUCUUUAACCCUUAAAUACUACAAGUCGUAUUUAUUUCUAUUUCUCCUACUCUCGCGUUAUUUUCUAUUUUUCAAUACGUUCACUAUUAUCUUUUAUUAUACACAACAUAUAUAAAGCAAGUUAAAAAUUUUUAUCAAACUUGAACUAACUCUAAUUUAGACAGAACAGCAAAAAUCUACGAGACUUUUUAUAGUAGCAUAAAUUUCGACGUCUGUAGUACUUAAGGGUUAACCCUCUCGUCGGGGAAGCUUUAAUUGUUUAUUUUAUUAAAUUAAAACGAUAUUUAUUGAAAGGAAAGCGCCUCGAAACAAAGAAAGAAUAUACACGUAUAUUUAUGUUUUUAACAACAAAAUGACACUCUUCGAGAUAACCAAAGCGAUUGGAAAGAAACUUGAGACCAGGAAGAAGAUAAAUCCACUAGAGCAGCGCUUUCCUCUAAUUAUUUUUGACACGUAGAAACAUUUCCGGAGGAAAAGGGAAAAAUUAUCAUGUUCGAUCAGACGCGAACGAAGCUUUGUCAGAUUCAAAGAGACGCGCUGGUUACUCAUCCCCGUGCCAAAAUACAACCAAUGAAUGGGAAGGCUCGCGAGGGAAGCUGCUUCUCGCCUUUCCGACUGUCGUUUUCACUUUUCUUAAUUCUCGUUUCUUAUAUUUUAAUUUCUCUCUCUCUCUCUCUCUCUUUCUCUCUCUCUCUUUCCAACUGCUCGCCGAGGAUCCGUUUCAGAAAUUUGAUUAUCGCCGAGAUGUAUCUUCCAUCGCGUUAUCCAUUUAUUUAUCUAUUAUCUGUAGACCGCGGACUUGUACGCGUUUUUGCAUUUGCGUGAACAUAAUUGAAGAUGCUUAUCUGGUACAUAGCUGGUAACUAGACCUUUUUUGAACUUUGUGCAUUUAUGAGAAACUUGAAAUGUACAGAAUGCAUGUGACGUGCAAAAGUAUCCAGAAUGCAGUAUUCCACCCAAUCUUCUACCUCUUUCAAAUUUUCUUCACAAAAAUAUGAAUUUGCGAAAAAUCCGCAGCGCGAUUGUAACAAAUAUUCUACACUGGAUAUUUCGCAUGUUUUUGCACGUAAAAAUCGACGGUCUAAAUCAUUAUUAUACGAAGUCCCGCUGGUGCAAACAAUAUACAGUCUCGUUUAGAAAUCACUGAACAUUCAGCGUGUAAUUAUAUUUAAAGUAACUUUACGAUUACUUGAAUUGCGAAUACGAG